UGGGGCCUGCGACCGCCCUGAUGUUCGCAGACGGGGCGGCGGGCGGCGCCGACGUGGAGUCGCUGUGGAGGCGAGACCAGGGCGGCCGCGGCGAGGCGAAAAGCUGCCAGACUGGGGAGAUCUCAACAGUGGAGGCUGCGGUACAGUCCCAUUCGAGCAGAGAUGCUGGCAUACAGACUGAUCAAAGCCAGGAGGCUGUCCAAGACUUUAAUCUCUGUCACAGAGCCCCUGUGGAUUAUGCUGGUCUGCUCUCAUUCCUGCAGAGAGUGGAAGAAGAUGUUAUCAAAGAACUAAAUAAAAAUUGGAGAAGCCAUGCCUUUGAUGGCUUUGAGGUGAACUGGACUGAUCAGAAUGAAACGGUUUCAUGUUUGUACAGCCUGUCAUACCCAGAGGCUCAGGAUCAGAAACUGCAGGUCACCAGCAUCUCCUGGAAUGCCACGGGAUCCGUUGUUGCCUGUUCAUAUGGACGAUUAGAUGAUGGGGACUGGAGCACACAAAAGUCCUACGUAUGUACCUGGAACCUGGACCGAAGAGGGCUAAAUCCACAGCAUCCUGAUCUAGUAGUGGAUGUUCCCAGUUCUGUCAUGUGCCUGGCUUUCCAUCCCUCCGAGCCUUCGCUCAUUGCUGGGGGCCUUUUCAGUGGGGAGGUUGUGGUGUGGGACACGAGUAGGAUAGAAGAUCCUUUGAUUUGGAGAACAGGGAUGACCGAUGACACUCACACAGACCCAGUCUAUCAGGUUGAGUGGAUGCAGGACUUGAAGCACAGCCACCACUUCCAGGUUCUGAGCAUCUCCACAGAUGGCAAGGUCCUCGUGUGGCAGACUGAGAGAGACGGUCGGCUGACCUUGGCUGAAGGAUUUGCUUUAGUUGCUCAGCAGGUCCCUCGCAGUGCCAACCUGAAAAAGCCUAUGCGAGGAGAGACAGCUGUAGGGGUGACUUCGCUUUCCUUCUCCCGCUUUGAUCCCACUGUGUUUGUCAUUGGUGUGGAAGGCGGAUACUCCCUGAAGUGCAGCACUGCAGUAGAGACUGCAGCUCUCCCUAGGAUGGGCAGCUCUGUUCCCCUCAAGGCACCAGCACAGUUUGCCUUCUCCCCUCAUGGUGGACCAGUAUACUGUGUAAGCUGCUCACCUUUCCACAGGAAUCUGUUUCUGAGCAGUGGGACUGAUGGACAUGUUCACUUGCAUUCCAUGCUGCAAGCACAGCCACUUGUUUCUCUUCAGUUAUCAAAGAAAUACCUCUUCAGUGUGAGCUGGUCUCCAAUUCGACCUCUGGUCUUCGCAGCUGCAUCUGGGGAAGGGGAAGUGCAACUGUUUGAUUUUGGCAAGAGCUCCCAGAAGCCUGCAGUUUCCAUUAAGCAGACUUCAGAUCAGAGUCCUGUCUACUGUAUAGAGUUCAACAUCAAGCAAACUCAGCUUCUGGCAGCAGGGGAUGCCACUGGCACGGUGAAAAUAUGGCAGCUGAGUUCUGAAUUCACUGAGCAGGGACCUCGAGAAAUGAAUCAACUUGAGCAGCUAGCAAAUGAGGUCACUGACUGAGAGUAAUGGGCCAGGUUUACGUCUGAACCUUGUUACUUAAGAUGAAUGAAGGAUAAAUUAGUUUUAAUGAGCAGAGGAAAAAAGA